AUGCAUUUCUACCCGUCAAUGUCAGUUGCCCUCGUGGCUCUGCUCGCAAGCUCUGUAGCUGGUCUUGGGCUGCGAUCUGACUUGGCGAAGAAGCUGCAGCUUUCGGCUGAGUUGGGACUGGAUGUAAAUGCCGCCGUGAGGAGUGAAACGUCGUUUCGUACAAUGAUCGCGGCGUCCACCGAUGUCAACUCUCCGGCAGAAUAUGUUUCGAUUCCGAUUGAUCACGACAAUCCGUCUCUUGGUACUUAUGAAAAUCGGUACUGGGUGAACGACGCAUACUAUUCGCCUGGAGGACCAGUUAUUCUAUACGAUGUCGGAGAGGCCAAUGGAGAGUAUGGUGCUCCGCAUCUCACCAGCAGUACAUCCUUCUUCAGAAGCCUACUUGAAGAUUUCAAUGCAAUCGGGAUAGUAUACUACGGGGGGUCGCUCCCAUAUCCAGUCAAUGCCAACACUCCGCCCGAGCACUGGAGAUAUCUCACUACCGCGCAAGCGUUAGCCGACAUCCCUUAUUUUGCGGAGAACUUCACUCGCCCGGCAUACCCACUGGUCGACUUAACUCCAGAAGCAACGCCCUGGAUCAUGAUCGGAGGUUCAUAUCCUGGUGUCCGAGCCGCGCUCACGCGCAAGGAAUAUCCAGACACGAUCUUCGCGGCAUUCGCCGCUUCCGCUCCGGCCCAAGCGCAAAUCGACAUGAGUGUUUAUUACGAGCAAAUCUAUCGAGCGAUGUUGGCCAACGGAUACGGAAACUGUGCGCGAGACAUUCAAGCAGCCCUCGAAUGGAUCGAUGAACAGCUCGCUCAGGAAGACAAGGCCGCGGCAGUCAAACAACUUUUCUUUGGUCCCGGCGCUGAAGCGAACACAAACGAGGAAUUUACUGCAGCACUUGGCGGAAUCUAUGGCUACUUCCAGACUCAUGGGUUUGGUGGGCCUGUGGGGUCAUUGGACGACUUCUGCAGCUACUUGGAGUCAGACCCAGAGACGGGCGUAUCCGCAGGCUCAGAAGGCCUCGCUCCAACCCGGGGGAACCAGUUUAUUGCGGAGCAUUGGGCAGCAUGGCCAGUGUUCACAAAGGUGGUUAACGACAACUUGUUCACGAACUGCCGAGGUCUAAACAAAUCAGCUGCUCCAAUCUGUGAGCUAAACAAUCCGCCAAACGAGCCAGACGCAAUCGCUUGGACCUGGCAGUACUGCUCAGAGUGGGGUUUCUACCAGAGCAACAACGUGGGAGUAGGCGCACUCCUUUCCAAAUAUCAGACCCUUGAGUAUCAGCAAUUUCAGUGCAACCGAAUGUUCCCCGACGCCCUGAGUAGCGGCAUACUCCCUUCAGAGCCACAGGUGACCUCACUAAACGCUGAGUAUGGAGGCUGGACGAUUCGACCAUCAAAUGUGUUCUGGAGCUCUGGGGAGUUUGACCCCUGGAGGACGCUUGGGUUAUUCUCCACCGAGAGUUUCGCGCCGCAAGGCAUCACGGUCACAACUGACAUUCCGCAAUGUGGAGUAGAGACCACCGCGGAUACGGUCUUUGGGUAUAUUGGUGCCAACCUCUACCACUGCUUCGACUUUCGCGACUCGCAGGCUGCUACUGAGUCGCGCAACUACUUCAUCCAGGCGUUGAGGCAAUGGCUCCCCUGCUUUGAGAAACAGAAGAAACUUGCCACUACUACUCCUGAUUCGACGAAUCAGCCUGCGAGGCCUUGGUGGUUCAGAAGUACGUAG